AUGAAGAAGAAGCUCAUCUUGAACGCACUGACCGCCAACGCGCCUACUAAUGUGAAUCAGGGACUAUGGAGACACCCUGGACACAAGGGCAAGAAUUUCAAUGACAUUGAGUACUGGGUCGAGCUUGCACAGGUCCUUGAAAGAGGUAAGUUCCAUGCCCUGUUCAUCGUCGACAUUGGAGGCGUCUAUGACGUCUACAAGGGAAGUAAGGACCCUGGAAUCAAAGCUGGCACCCAAUAUCCCAUCAACGAUCCCCUUUACCUCGUGCCUGCGUUGACAAUGGUCACCAAGUCUCUGGGGUUUGCUAUUACCGCCUCCACUACUUAUGAUGUUCCAUUUGCUCUGGCCCGAAGGUACUCCACUGUUGACCAUAUAUCAAAAGGACGAGUUGGGUGGAACAUUGUCACUUCUUUCCUGGAGAGUGGAGCAAAGAAUCAUGGUAAUGAUCUUCAAACUCCUCAUGAUGAACGAUAUGCCAUUGCCAAUGAAUUCAUGGACGUCUGCUACAAGCUGUGGGAGUCCUCCUGGAGGGAAGAUGCCAUCAAGGCUGACAUUGAAUCCAACACCUUUGCCGAGCCUACUCUUGUCCGAUACAUUGACCAUAAUGAAAAAUACUUCAAUGUUCCUGGACCUCAUAUCUGCUCACCAUCAGUCCAGAGAACACCAUUCCUGUACCAGGCAGGUAUGUCCAAAGCUGGACGGGACUUUGCAGCCAAGCAUGCCGAGGCCAUCUUCUUGCAGGCUCCUUCACCCGAGUACGUCAGAUCUUCUGUUGAUGACAUUAGAAAAACUGCUGCUAACUACGGCCGCGAUCCCCAAUCGUUGAAGUUCAUUCCCUCCAUGUUUGUGUGCGUAGCAGAGACUGACGAGGAAGCCAAGGCCAAGUAUGACGAGUACUUCUCUUACAUCGAUCGUGAGGGAGCUCUUGUUUUAUUUGGAGGGUGGUUCGGAAUGGAUCUUGGAAUCUACGACGACGACGAGGAUCUCAGGAAGGUGGACAAUGUCGCCAUCAGCAAAGCUAUCUCUCAAUGGGCCGAUUCCAGUAAAACUCCCGAUGCCCUGUGGAACAAGGCUCGUGUUGCUGAGGAACUGGCACUUGGUGGACGAUCCGACAUUGUCAUUGGAUCCCCUACCACUGUUGCUGACCGUAUGGAAGAGUGGAUUGAAGUUGGAGACAUCGACGGCUUCAACAUGCAGUCUGCUAUUGUCCCUGGCACUUACAUUGAUAUUGUGGACUUGCUUAUUCCCGAAUUACAGAAGCGAGGACGUUUCUGGAACGACUACGCCGUCCCCGGUGGUUCCCUCAGAGAGAACAUGUAUGCUACUCCUGGUGAUUCACAUCUGAGGUCCCACCAUCCAGGUUCGAAAUUCUCUUGGAACAAGGAUGACCCCUUCCCUCUGGAGUCCCACAAGCGGGCCAAAAGAUGA